AGUACUAACUAAAAAUAAAAAUGUUCUGGAACAGAUACUAACAAUUCCAGAAAAAAAAUCUGGUUGCUAUUCAGAUAUUCACGAUGGACUUUUAUGCAAGAAAAAUGUUUUACUUAAUAAAAAUUUGUUUAAUUUAAAAAUUAUAUUAUACCAAGAUGCAUUUGAAAUCUGUAAUCCUUUAGGUUCAGCUCGGGGUAAAAAUAAAUUAGUUGGUGUAUAUAUGACCCUGGCAAAUCUUUUCCCUUGGAAUAGAACACAUGUAGAACAUAUUCAGCUUGUUGCAUUAUGUUUUGAAAAACAUGUUAAACGUUUUGGAUUUUCAGUAUUAUUAAGAAAAUUAAUUGAUGAUCUAAAAAUUCUAGAAAAUGAUGGAAUAUUAAUAAAAGAUGAUCUAACUUUAAAAGGUACUGUUGUAGCAAUAGUUGGUGAUAAUUUAGGGAGUCAUCAGUUAGGCGGAUUUGUAGAAUCAUUCAACACAAAUAGAUAUUUUUGCAGGUUUUGCUACAUUAAUGAAUUUCCAAGUCGUAGUUUAGAACAUUUUCCUUUCAGAACUCCAGAAUCGUACAAUUAUGAUGUGUUAAUGUCCUGUGAAACCGAUUUAAACAAUUAUAGGGGUGUAAAAUCAAAUUCUAUUUUUAAUGAACUUUUAUAUUUUCAUAUUUGUGCACCGGGUCUUCCCUCUUGCUUAGCCCAUGAUAUUUUAGAAGGUAUUAUAGCUUACGAUUUAAUGUUGGUUAUAAAUAAAUUUGUGAAACUAAAAAUUAUAACAUACGAUGAACUUAAUCAGGAAAUAAAAUCCUUAAAUUUUUUUGGAGAACAAAAGCCUUCAAUUGCAAAAAUAAAAAAAUCGGACAAAAUUGUAGGUUCUGCUAGCGAAAUUCUAUAUAUUUUUAAUAUAUUUCAUAUUAUACGAAAAACAACUUUUAGCAGAAGAGUAUUGGGAACACUAUGAAUUAAUUUUAAUUCUGCGCAAAAUUCUCAAUAUAUUAUUAGCAUUCAAAAUAUCAAUAGAUCAAGUUGCUCUAUUAAAAAGUUAUAUAACAGAAUACCUAGAACUAAGAAUUCAACAGUUUCCUUUAGUUAAGUUGAGACCAAAACAUCAUUUUUUAACGCAUUAUCCAAAGUUGAUUAAUCUUUUUGGUCCGUUAAGACUUCUUUGGACAAUGCGUUUCGAAAGCAAACAUAAAUAUUUUAAAGAUAUAAUUAGACACUCUCCUAAUUUUAAAAACGUUUUAUUAACAAUCUCUACUAAACACCAAUUACUUCAAGCUCUUACUCUUUCCAUAAAAGAUAUGUUUAACCAAAAAAUUCAAUGUGACAAAUGUGAUACAUUUAUUGUUACAGGUUUUUCCGAAAGUACGUUAAAAAUUUUAAAUGAAAAAUGUCCAUUAAACAGAUUUAAGGCAAUAACUAAUGAAUUAUUAACUUAUAAAACAAAUAUGUACAUUUGCUAUGAUAAAGAUAUUUAUGGAAUUUACUCAUUAUGCAAAAUUUCUUGCAUUUUAAUUUGUCAAUCAAUGCUCAAUAUAUACUUUCUUGGAAAUAAGUUAGAAAUUGUCUACAACGAAAGGAAGGGUAUUUAUGAAGUGAACAGUCAAAAUGAAAAUGAAAUUUGUAUAUCUUAUGGGGACCUUAUUUGCAUAGAGCCUUUAUUACAUAUAAAACGUAAUAAUUAUGAUCUGUUUUAUUUUAAAUCGGCUCCUCAUGAACUUAUAUAGUUUAAUUAUUUUUUUGUAUAUUUCUUUGUAUAUGAAUACAUUGGUCAUAAAUUUAUUAUUAAUGUUAAAAGAUGUUUAAAUAGUUUUUUAAUAGUUUUUAAUUACAAUAACUCUGUUCAAAAAAAUAGGCUGGGUAAAGUUCCCUUCUAUUUUUUUAUGUGUAAAGCUUCUAAUGGAAUUUUCAGUAAAAGUCGCUAAUACCUCAAACAAAAUCAAAAAUUGAAUUUUCUAUAAAACAAAAGUGCAUUAAAUGGGCUUCCGCUUUAGUCUUGGAAACAUUAUUCCAUUGGUCGCUUUUACCUUUGCAUACCCAUUUUUAAAAAAAUAUUUUUGCUAUUUCUUGGUAACUGUAGUACUAUUUAAAGUUUUGUAUAUAUUAUAUAUAUAUAAUGUGUUUAGAUUGUUAAUGCAAAAAAAAUCCAAACUUGUGAUUUUCAAAGAAUUGAUUCGCCUUUAACAAGCCGUUACAUUAGAUAAUUCUUUGGGCAAUCUGACAUGUAAAAUAAGUUAUUUUAUGUAUUCGUAGGUUCUUAAGUUGUAAAAACAUUAAUUUUAAUAUGAAAAGUGUUUAUAAGAUUUGGUCUAGAAACAGGGAAACAAAGUGUAUGAUUCUAAUAGACGAGGAUGAAGAAAAUAAAUAUAACACAAUUAUUUUGAAAGGUAUAUUAUACUGUUAUUUUUAAUUGUACAUAAAUAUUAAGGUUAUUUAUUUUUAGCAUCGCAGAAGCUUCAGUUAAAUGGGUCGCAAUUAGUUCUUGAAGAGGAUGGCACACCUGUUGAAGAGGAACUUUUAGACCAUAUCAAGGAAAAAACAUUAAUUUUAUUGGAACCUAAUAAAGUUUGGAUUUCCCGAGACUAUGAAGAAAAAGAAAAUAAAUCCUUUAGUACAAUGUCAACUGCCACCAACUCAACAUCCACCAACUCAACAUCCACCAAUUUGUCUUCAGAAUUACAAGAAGUAAAUUUUGUCAAUGAAUUUGGAUCUGAAGUGGAAUUAAAAGUAGACUGCAAUACAGAAUAUUUUUGGCACACAUUUAGAGUACCUUGGAAUGUACUAAGCAAUACAGAACAUGAACAAUUAAAAAAUGGUAUAUGUUCAAAGGUUUCUAAAUCCAAAUUAGUACACGGAAUUGUGGAUGAAAUGAGGCAAUUAAAAAAAUACAUUCCAUCCAAAGCCUUUAAAGUAAUUAGUCACCAAGUUGUAAGUAAAUAUCCAAAGGCACUACGAGAUCAAGAUGAAGAUGGUAUAAUACUUGGAGAUGGGACCCAUUCUUUUUUUAGUAAAUUACAGGAAAGAAACAAUUAUUUAAAUCGGCCACACAAAAGACACCAUAAAGACAACUCUAAAGAACAAUCACCUAUUUUAAUAAAGAAAAAAUAUGUUAGUGCCAGAGCAGGGUGUUCCAAUUGGUCCCCAAAUUCAUUGAUAGAACAGAAUGUGAAUGAAAUCAUAACCCCUUUAGACAACAGUUUUGAAGAACUAAUGACCAAGUCUUUCCCAGAGCAAAGGCAUUUUUUAAAUUCUACACCUGCUCCAACUUCAUCUCAAAUAAGAGAGGAAUGGCCUAUAUUGAUGUCAAUUAAUGGUAUAAGGUGGCAUUUUGACGAGUUAAAGAAAUCAAACCUUAAUUCAUUUGAUAACAUAAAUGAUAAAUGUGAUAAGGUAGUCUCAUUUAUAACAAAAAAAAACAAAUCAGUCCUGGGUGAAAAUGAACCAGUAAAUUCCGAUAUUUUGAUGCUUAUCUGUUUGGCUAAACACUUUAAAGAAAAUAUGGAACUAUUCUACAAACAAACACAGGAAGCCGAACUUGAUAAAUCCCAAAUUCCGUCUACAGCCUUUAUACAUCACGUAUGCAAUGAUGACAUAGAAAAUGCCCAAUACUAUGUAUAUUAGAAUUAAUCGAUUAUGAAGGAUAUCAAGACUUCAAGACAGCGUUUAAAGUAGCGUUUGCUUCAUUUUUUAUUUUUAAUUUAAAAUAUCCUACCAAUUGUUCAUGCACUUUGGAAUUAAUACAAAGAUACAUUUUUAAAAUUCAUCCUGACGCAGGGAGUAAGUCUAAAAACCAAUCAAAAAAAAAAGUUCUUAAUUUGUUAAAAAAUUUAAUGAGUUAGAUUUUAAAAAUAAAAAAAGUUUAGAUUUAUAGUAUGAUACCCACCCACAUCGAUAUACAUACAGUUUAUGUAUGAAACUUUGUAAUAUAUCGAUGUGGGUAUCAUAUACCUUUGUAAUAUAUCUGCGUUAUGUUUUUCUUUUGCUCCUACUUUUUACUUUUUUCUCUUCCAUUUUUUAGGGUAAUUUGGGUGCUCUGAAUAAGAUAAAAACUCAUUUUUUUAUCAUAUAUAAUGGUAUAUUUGUGUUUUUCGAUGUAUGAUUUUAGUUAAACCAGUGUCCAAAGAAAACGGAAAGAUCGAUCGGGAUUAAUUAUAUAUUGUUAGAAAGGUAAUUAAAUUAUACGUCCAACGGUACCCAAUUUAUUUCGAUCUGAUAAAACAUGUUAUAGCUGAUGAAGGUUCAAACUUUAUGCAAUUUUUGACAAUUUUUAGCUAUUUUGUAUGGAAAGAUUUAAGCUAUUUUACCUGGAAUUUAAGCUUUCAUCAGCUUUAUCCGAUCGAAACGAAGUAGGUUCCUUUGGACCCAUAUAUAAUUAUAAUUUAAUCACCUUUUUAUUAUAAUUUAAUCACCUUUUUAGUUAUACUGAUAAAACACAAAUAAACCGUUACCUAUAUAUAGGUGAAUGGCCCAAAUGGGAAAAAAUUAGUAUAUUUUUCGUAUUCAGGGCACUCAAAUUACCCUACAAAAAUAUAAGAGAAAGUUUCUAUAUUUUUUUGCUGUAAAUCAGUGUAUUAGAAUAAAGUAUACUAUAGGAGCAAAAUUUUUAUCUGUUUAAUUAUAAGGUUUUUUAUUUUUGUAACAAGUUGUCAUAAGGUGACAAUUUCCUUUUAAAAC